GAAGGCAUGGAGUAUUUAUAGCACAUAAGCAUGCGCCAUUAUAGAGGGGACAGGGGUCAGUAUAUCUAGCCCUUGUUUUGUGAGCUGCUCCAUCAUAAAGCAGCAAGGAUACUGUUUGGUCCUCAUCCAGCUGCACUGAAACAUGGCACCCAAGAAAGCAAAGAAGAGAGCGGAGGGAGCCAGCUCCAAUGUGUUCUCCAUGUUUGAACAGGCCCAGAUCCAGGAGUUCAAAGAAGCUUUCACUAUCAUGGACCAAAACAGAGAUGGCUUCAUUGACAAGAAUGACCUGAGAGACACUUUUGCAGCUUUAGGCCGUUUAAAUGUCAAACAAGAGGAGAUUGAUGACAUGCUGAAGGAGGCACCAGGACCGGUUAAUUUUACAGUCUUUCUCACCAUGUUUGGAGAGAAACUAAAAGGUGCUGACCCAGAGGAGACCAUCCUCAAUGCCUUCAAAGUGUUCGACCCUGAGGGAAAAGGAACAUUAAAGAAAGACUUUGUGACGGAAAUGCUGACAACACAGGCAGACCGAUUCUCCCCUGAAGAGAUGGAACAGAUGUUUGCGGCAUUCCCUCCAGAUGUUGCAGGGAAUCUUGACUACAAGAACCUGGUCUACGUCAUCACACAUGGUGAAGAGAAAGACCAAGAAUAGAUGAAACAAUUCUCAGAUUAUGCCCUCUGGACAUUUGCAUGUGCAUGAUUACACAGCAGAAACAGAAAGUUUAAAACAACAAUUUCACAUUUCAGCUCCAAUUUUGGAUGGACACAUAUAUGAAUAUAUUAAUUGUGUAUUAUUGGAUAGUUAUAAUACAUAGAUGUAUAUAUCAUGGCGCUAUGUAUAUGUCAUCCUUUUAGCUGAAAUUAAAAGUUCAUUUGAUCAAAGAAAAUAAACCAUUUUAAACAUAAUCACUAUUAUAAUACAUGCUAUGGAAUGCCUUUGAUGAAUGAAUAAAGAAAGCGUUGACAUCAGUGAUAGUCGCACUGAAAAAGAUAUUCAGAAGGAUCCACUUAUAUUUGCACCAUUAAUAUAACUGCAGCAGUUUUAUGAUGAUUGACAAACAGACCACUCCCAGAGGUUUUCUUUCUCCAUCUGAUUGAUUAUUGUGUGACUUUACUUCCCAUAGCAGCAGGAAAACUGUUUCAGCAAUGAUCUUUAAUUAGCUACAUAUUACAUAUGCAUAUUUGAGUGUUUUUUCAGCACUUACUACAACCGAGCAGCUCCAUGUCCCAUUGUCGCAGCAAAUUUCUUUAAGUGUUUAAGUAUAAGGGAGAGCAUUGCUGGCUAGACAAUGUGUCCUGAAAAGCAAAGGUCGGCAUCUUAGUCAAAGGGAGUAGUUUCCUCUCGUUAACCAGCAACUGCACUCCAACUGCACUAAGCUCAAGACUUACAGAGUGCAUUUAAAAGAUUGUAUGGUGUCUUCCUAGGGAUGAAACUGUUCUUUCUUUUUCAUUUUGCCAGUCAACCUAAGAAGUUGACUCUGAAAUGCAUAUGUAUUAAAAUUACAAUUUUAAAAUCUCAAUCAGCUCAUUUUUGAGAAAUAUGAGGUUAACUUAAUCUACGGUUUACUUUUUGAUAAUAGUAAAUCUAAUUUCUAUUUACCUUUAAAAGUGCAGGGUCAUUUAAUUUUGAAUGACAUUAAAAAUAUGUUACAUUUAUUGGUGAGAAAUGUAUUUUUUUUGUUUACCAGACUACACACAGUAUGUGUUUGGUUAAAAUACUCAUUGCUUUUGGACUUUUGGACCGACACAUUCCACUGAAUUUUCUUUUCUCUGCAGACUAAACUGAAGUCAGCAAAGAUGGAGAAACUGA